AUGUCAGCCUUGAAAAGCAAACUUUACCGUCUUGAGACGCAGUUAGGGGAACUUCAUCAGCGCAUAUCCGAACGCAUCGAGGGAGAGCUCAGACACGCUGAUUCGACGGAGCCUCACGCUAAACAACUCCUGAUCCUCGAGAAUAUUAUCGCCCAGCUCUCCUUCAGCUCUAAGAGCCAGAAUAUUCUUCACCAUGGCAAACUCGCGGACGUUAUAGCACAGUCUAGCAAUGAGAUUUCCAAGCCUGCCGAUUUCUCCACCUCGCAGUUGGACGGCAUCACGCUACGGCUCAAUGAUGUCGCUUGGCUAGUAAGCGCGAAAGCGUCUACGCAGACGCUUGCCACCGUCUUGAAAAUUUUCUCUAACAAUGUACUCUUGCUUAACCAAGAGAUUCGGUACUGGGAAGACGUUCAGCAGUUUGACUGGUGUAUUGGUCUUUACGCCCUGCAGACCUCUCCGCUCAAGGCAUGGCAAAAAUAUACGGAGCUCAGUCAACCCGACAAGGGCGAUAACCUCGUGUCGUCAAGCCGUGAUUUGCCGACUGCGCAGAGAUCUAACCAGCCAUUGUGGUCGAGCUUUUACAACUCCGUGCAACGAUGUACUUCCCCAGGACUGAGUUCAAUCCGCAUUGGAUUACAUUCCUCUUUGAGACGACCAAAACUGGAGAUCCAACGGAAGAAAAGAAAGCUCAAAGCGAUGAGGGACUUCAAUGCCAGUGUUGUCGGACUUCUUAUUGAACAGUGCUUAUCAUAUGAGACGGACAGCCCCGAAGUAUCCAGCAAUGAUAUAUCCUACCUUGUACGAUCCAGAGUCGGUCUAAUGAAAUCGCUUCUUCAGUUUGGCGGAGAUGAGGAUAAAUGGUUCACAAGUUCCUCCACCACAACGGACAACCCAGUUUUCUUUGACGGAAAAUACAGUCCUCCAGUUGAAGGUCUCGAACAUCCCCAGGACGUCCUCGAGGAGCUUAUUCACGUCUUAAAGGACCUCAUUCCUAGAUUCCAGCAGAUCACGGACAAGGGUGUUUCUGAAUUUGGGCGCCCAUCACCCGUAGUCCGUUAUUGGCUCCCAUUCUCCCUCGCCCUGGUGUCGGCUACCACCUCCCUGAAGAUUAUGAAGGACCUGGGGCCCAUUUUGAUUGAUUGGAUCUCGAAUCUUGGGGCUACCACUAUCGAUUUCUGGAGGAACUGGGUUAUUGAUCCAAUGUGGAAACUUGUUCGAACUAUCCGUCACGAUGAGAAGAGCGAAAUUGCAUUGAUGAGCAAGAACAGCCUGGAGGCUGACCGAGCGAGCCUGGAGAGAAUGGUGGUUGACUUUGUCCUCGACCGUGGCGAGCAGGGUCACCCUUCCGCCGCUGAUUUGAUCGCGCAUAAAGUAAGAGAGGGAGACUUGACACCAGUUCUGAGGGCAUACGAGAAAGACUUGCGCAGUCCGUUUAUAGGCACGGUUCGGGGCGAUUUGGUGCGUGCUCUUUUGAUUCAGAUUCAGAAGACCAAAGUAGACGUCGAAAUAGCGAUGAGUGGUAUCGAUGCACUACUCAAGAGCCAGGAGCUUGUUUUUGGAUUUGUCGGAUUGACUCCUGGGAUCCUCAUAUCUUACGCUUCAAUACGCUGGUUUUUUGGCGUUCUCGGUAGUAGGAGAGGCUUCCGAAUGGGUAGACGACAAGAUGAUUUACGAUAUGCCUUGCGGAACAUUCAUCGCAUACUGUCCUCCUCGAAUCCAGCCGUGGACGGACGCCUUCCCUACAAAAGCCGCGGUCUCCUGAUAUGCAACGCCGAGAUCCUUCUGACGAAAGCCCAAACUAUGUUGAAAGGAGCAGAUCUUCGCGCAUUCCAGGAGGACAUUGCCGAUCUGGUUGACGAGAACCGAGCCGACAAGCAGCUCCAAGUAGUCGAGAGAAUGUUGUGGACCUUCUCGAAAUGGACACAGUGA